CGGCGGCAGUGGCGGUGGCUCCGUGUUGCCGGAGCCCAAACGCGCAGGCCCGUCCCGGCGGCCGCGGGGCGGGCGGGGUGGGGGCGCCAUGUGGUUCAUGUACAUGCUGAGCUGGCUGUCGCUCUUCAUCCAGGUGGCUUUCAUCACAUUGGCCGUCGCGGCUGGACUCUACUACCUAGCAGAACUGAUAGAAGAAUACACAGUGGCUACCAGCAGAAUCAUAAAAUACAUGAUCUGGUUCUCCACAGCUGUGCUGAUUGGGCUCUAUGUCUUUGAGCGCUUCCCCACCAGCAUGAUUGGCGUAGGCCUCUUCACCAACCUGGUCUACUUUGGCCUCCUCCAGACCUUCCCCUUCAUCAUGCUGACCUCACCUAACUUCAUCCUGUCAUGCGGACUAGUGGUGGUGAAUCAUUACCUAGCAUUUCAGUUUUUUGCGGAAGAAUAUUAUCCUUUCUCAGAGGUCCUGGCCUAUUUCACUUUCUGCCUGUGGAUAAUCCCUUUUGCAUUUUUUGUGUCACUCUCGGCUGGGGAGAACGUCCUGCCCUCCACCAUGCAGCCAGGAGAUGACGUGGUCUCCAAUUACUUCACCAAAGGCAAACGGGGCAAACGCUUAGGGAUCCUGGUUGUCUUCUCCUUCAUCAAAGAGGCCAUUCUACCCAGUCGUCAGAAGAUAUACUGACCUUCCUGGGGAGGGGAUGUGGAAGCAAGAUCAGGAGAGUCAGGCACCUGGACCUUUGUUCUAGGUAGGGGCCAGGAGCCUGGAAGGCACCUUCUACCGGCCCUGGCUUCCCUCCCCUCAAUUCUGAAACUCCAUCCCACCCUCCUCAGGGUACUCAGCUUGGCUCGGAUCUGAUGCUGCUGGACUGUCUCCUUCACAAGGCACCAGGGAGGGUGGCAGAGCCUGCUUAGCCAGGAGGCCCUCCCUUCUCUCUCCUGAGGAGGGUUGGGAGGUUCUGGCUCAGGCAGGGCAGGGUCUGUGAAGCUGGAGAGCAGUUGGUGACAAGUUCUCUGGGCAGAUGGCCAUAGGGAGGGGCCAUGUUUUGGUACCCAAGAGAAAUGGUUUUUGCUGUUGAACUGUGAUUUUUGUCCAAUUGCUGAUUCCCAUUUGAAUAAAGAUUCUAGGUGGCACUGUUUGCCUUAAUACCCCCAAAGUUCACCUUCCUUUCUCCCUGCUAAUCUUCUGCCUGGACUAGACUAGUUGUCUGCUCUAGGGACUCUUCUGGGUCUGGGUCUUAUCCUCACAAAGGAAUUCUUCUUGUGGCCCUUAGUGGGAAGGGGGUGGAGAUGAGGAAUAGAACCUGGGCAGGGAGUUUGAGGCAGCCUUUCUUAUGCACCUGUCUCAUCUGGGUCUUUUCUCCCUGAGGCUCUGGCAAGCUGGGGAUAGGAGAUAGUUUAGAACUGGGUUAAAUUUUCAGAAUAACAUCUACAGUAUCCUAUUUAUAAGUCUUCCUCUGAGGAAAAGGAGUGGUUUCUGGUUGAAUUCUAUUCCAGGCUCAAAGAAAAAAUAAAAACUGGCUUCCAGGCAGCCUGGGCUCUAGCCUGUUUUUUAAGAAAUGGGGUUGGUGGGAGAGGCUGUUUGUCGCUCCAAGAGCACACAUGUCUGGUACUCUUCUGUGUGCUGCUGGCCUCCAGGGAGAUGAUCUCUGCCUUCUAAGAAGGCAGGCCAGGUCUCAGGCACAGACCAGCAUCUGUUGACCUUGCACUCCAACUACAGUGCCUUGCAAGUGCUCAACAGUACAUAUUGGAAUGAAGUCCCCAUGAGAGCCAUCACUGGCCAUGUCCUAUACCUCACAGUGAGGCUGCAGGUGCAGAAAUAUACUGCACAUGUGUUAUCUUUAAACCACUGGGAGACCCUGUGCUUGGAAAUCUUUCCUCUCUAUAUCAUGCCUGAAGUCCCAUCAUAGCCCUUCAUUUCCUUGACUUUAGCAUUUCCAUUCUCUUAAAAUGCCAGCCUUCCCCUUUCCCUGGGAGGACUAGCACAUUUUGGUCUUCUCUGGAUGCAGGUGAGAUUCCUAGGCCCUUUUUUGCUAUGCAGACAAGGACAGACAUGGUAGAGGGCACAAGGCCAGCAUCUUCCUCAUUGAUGGGCUGAAAGCUGUUCCUACUCUCCCUUGCUGUCCACUUCUUUAUUCCUUAUCCUGAUGAUGUGGCUUCACUCCCUCUGUUUACUCUACUGCUGGUCAGCGCUCUCCCAUGGGUGGCCAGGGAUCUUCAUGGGCUAAAUCCAGCAGACACUUUAUGCCUUAUCUUGCUGGAUCUUGACAGCAGCUGACAUGGCUGAUCACCACCUGCUUCUUAAAUCACACUUCCCUGGCACCUCUGUGGCUGGUUAUCCCUCUGCCUCUCUGGCUGCUUCUUUUAGUCUCCUAUGUAGGCUUCUCUGCUUGCCCUGUGUAUGCUGGGGUCUUUCAGGAUUCUGUUGUGGGCUCCCUGGGGGAGCAUAUCCAGGUUGAUGGCUUCAGAGAUUCUGCCAAGGAACUAAGAGUUGACCUCCAUCCCCAGCAUACCUCCUGAUCUGAAUCAUAGUUCUGCUGCCUUCUGGGUUCACAGACCCAGAAGGCACAUAGCCCAGUUGGCACUUGUUGCUAUCUCUGCAAAACUGCCCCUGUGGGGUACCUGUCUUGGUCUCAAGAUCACUCAGGAGCCAGACAGGAAACUUGCUUUCUCUUUCUGCCCUUCAUGUCCAAUCUCUAAAAAUUGUCAAGUUUGUCUUCUUAACAUCUCUUGAUUUGAGCCACUCCCACUGUUAGCUUUUACCUUCUGACAGCCUCUGACCUUUUCUCUAUCCCAUGGCUAGCCAGAGUUUUCUUUCUAAAAUGCACAGUUGGAUCAAGUCACUCCCUGACCUACAGCCUUCCAUGGCUCCUCACUGCCCUCAGGAUAAAGUCCAGACCCCUUAGCAUGGCUUGUGAGACUCCUGGUAUUCUGAUCCCUGCUUCCCUCUCUGGCCUUGUCACUGGCCUUCUUGCACUCUGGGUUCCCGCCUCCUGUAUGCAAAGAUGCCAUGGCUCUCGUGCCACUUUGAUUCUCCUUUCCUCCAUUCACUUUGGUACUUUGUCAAGUCUCAAUUAAGAUUUUAUUUCCACCAAGGAGCUUUGAAUGUCCUAUCUUCCACCAGCCCCACCCCAGCACACCACACAGAUCACUCUGGGCUUAUUUGCCUGCUUUAUGGUCUGUCUCCCCACUAGACUGUAAGCUCCUUGUGGGCAGGAACUGUCCUUGAAUUUUUGUAUCAACAGUGCCUGGUUUGGCACCUGGCACAUAGAAAACACUCAAUAAAUGUUUGUUUAAUGAAUAAA